AUGACGGCAGCAGCAGGCGUCCUCACAGGCUUGGCCAAGCUAAAGCGCCAAGACUCGGCCCGCUCUCAGCAUCGGCCCGUAUCGACAGCGUCGGGUCUGGGCGGCGCCGACGGAGCCCCGAGGAAGCGGAAGCGGCGCACCGAUGUGGUGGUGGUGAGAGGAAGGCUCCGUCUCAACUCGGCCUCGGGCUUUUUCCUCCUCCUGGGACUGGUGAUCCUGGCCAUAGGCAUCGGCAUGGCGACGCUGGGCUACUGGCCUCACAGCAAAACAGUUCCCGUCGGAGGAGGACGUGGCGUCAAGGCGCAGAAGGACAUGGCCAACACGAGUCACGACGGGCACGAUUCGCCUUCCAAGCCAUCUGAAGGCGUCCUGAUGCGUUUCCUCGAGCAGCAUCUUCACUCCGAGAGGAUGAAGAUGCUCGGGCCCUUCACCAUGGGCAUCGGGAUCUUCAUCUUCAUCUGCGCUAAUGCCAUCCUUCACGAAAACCGAGACAGAGAAACGAAGAUAAUCCACAUGAGAGACAUGUACUCCACCGUCAUCGACAUCCAUCGUCUCCGGCAGAAGGAGCUAAAACAACACCAUCAUCGCAGCAGCACCUGUGCAAGGGAAGCCAUAGAUCUUCGAGCUUUCGGAGCCGACACAGCAGCACGGUUAGCCAGCAACUCCCUGCUCGCGUUCUCCUCCCGGCCCGGUGGCGUCACUGGGUCUACAGAGGAGGAGGAGGUGCUGCUCGGGGACGAGGAGCUCCACAGACGCAAAGAGCAAGCUAAGCUGGAUUGUAGUUUUGCGGGGCUGCUGGCGCCGCUCUACAAGGAUCGGUCGUUUUGCGGCGCCGGGCUCGGGUUGGCUCACUCGGAUUCGGUGCGCCACCAGUGGUCGGUGGACGGAGACGGGGAGAAGGGAGGACACCACGCACGCUCCAUCGUCUCCUCCUCCAUCUCCGCCUUCACGCUCCCCGUUAUAAAACUCAACAACUGUGUGAUCGACGAGCCGGAGAUGGAGGCGAUCACCGAGGAGGACAGAGGAGCGGAGAGGCGGGACGGCGAGAGGCCGCCGCCGCUGAGCUCCAUGGAGUCUCUGGUGGUUCCGGUAGCGUCCGUCGCCAAGGCGUCCAAACCGCCGGGCUUACACCGGAGCAACUCCGCCUCCUCGUCCUCCCGCUGCUCCUCCUUCUCCUCGUCCUCCCUGUCCCCGGCUCCCUCCUCUACCUCAGGCUGCUGGCUUUCUCCCGGAGCGGCGAGGAGCGACUUCGGCUCCAACUCCUCCCUGCACAUGCUCAACAGCCAUUCCAAAUCUCUGGACCUGGAGCGCGGGCCGAGCAUGCUCAGUGUGCACCCGGAGCAGCGGAAGCACCCCAGCUGGCCGCGACUGGACCGUAGCAACAGCAGCCGCAUUAACAGCGGAAACCGAGGCAGCAGUAAAGGCUACGUCCGGCUGGAGGACAGGGAGGAGCAGGGGGAUCGACUCCUGGACGCUUCAGAGGCCGCCGCAAUCAGGCGCGACUACAGCAAACGGGAGAAGCUGCUCAUGAUAUCCAGGUCACAUAAUAAUCUGAGCUUUGAGCAUGACGAGUUCAAUAGCAGCACACUGAAGAGAGGCAGCUCUGAGACUCGAUUCUGACAGUUCUGUCCUGUUCUGUAAAUUGCUCUCCACGUUGUGGGGGUGUACAGCUUGGAUCGGAGGGAGCUGACGAGUUUAACAGCUACACUCCGGAGACAGGAAACUCAGACGUGGCUUAAAAGACACAGCAGGUUGGAGCGAAACGGACCAGCUGGCACCGUUAGCGGUUCAGGCCUCGUGUUAGCAGGAUGCUACACGCCUACUGUCCCGGGUCAGAGGCGCCGUUAGCUGUAGGUGACCUACGACCUCUGCAUAGGGAAGCAGGUGAAAGUUCCCUCCAGGGAUCAGUAAUCAAUACAAUACAUCGUGUUACAUCAUCCGUCGACUUCACACAGAAAUAGUUCCAGUUAACAGGAUUCCAACCCCGAGACACGGCUUUAUGAAUACUGCUAAGAAAAAUGUUCUUCUUUUAAAGAGCCCAUAUGCUGCAUAUUUACAGGUUUAUGGUUUUAUUUUGGGAGUUUACUAGAACAUAGGCAAGCGUUCCUCUGCAGGAACUCGAGGCAGGUGCAGACUUUCACAGGAAAGGGCUUGUAAAUCUGCCUUUUCUGUUUCCAGGAAGAGUGCACCAAAACAAUGACAAAAGGAAGUAACCGAAUGUUCCUCCAGUUCCAUGAGCAUGAAGGAGACAGGACAAUGUAGGUUUAUUAUGUUAGCAUGAAUGUAUGUUGGUGACGUCAGAAAGGAACAGAUUACUACUCAACAAAGAUGCUGAGAGGACAUGAGUUGUCCUAAUGUUUAACCACUAAGCAUCUAGCGGGGUGUUUUAGCGCCUCUUCAAAGUACCUACCCUCAAGUAGGCACUUUUUUCCGCCCUCCAAAAUGGCUCUGAAAGAGGUUUUAAGUGGACAAAACACACACAGACUACCCAAAUAUUUCUGCAAGUUCUUACAGUGGUAAACGGCCUUAUGUUUAUAUGGUUUCAUGUUCCAACAAGAACAUUAUUUUUCAUUAUUUUAAGCCUUAAUCCAGUUUAAACAGGGGAGUUAUAUUAAAAAUCAACCCCAGUGCAGUUGACAUUAAUGAGGAAAUGAGCUGUAGAGACCAGAACUGGUUCACGUACCAGCCUGUAAACAUGUUUAUUUCUGCUGUAAAGUUGGACAUUUUUAACAUGGAAGUCUAUGGAGACGGACUCGCUUCUGGUGUCAGCCUCAAGUGGACGUUUCAGGAAGUGCAGCUUGCCCCAGAUUUCCGAAUAUCAUCAUGUAGCUCCAGUCGAAGCAGCCUUAGUGAGAAAAAGCCGCUUUGUUUGUUUGAAGGCCGAACUAGCCGCCAGGCAGACGUUAUAUAAAUAUGUUACAUGGGGACAGAAGAAAAGAUCGGACUUGAAAGGAGGUGUCUGAGGCAGGUAAGGAGCAGCAUUUUCUGUAAGAGAGAAUGUCUCCCUUUGGAGUGGAUUUUGGGCUUUGUCAGUGUGCAGAUCUGUUACAUGCACAAAAGAAGCAGCGAUACAACACUGAAGGGAAGCAGGAACACACAAAAAACAGCAGAAUAUGGGCUCUUUAAAGGGAAAUCAAGGACACGCUGGAGGCGCUUUGGGCGAAUUUCUUCCUCAGCAAAAUAACAAAGAGACAAAAGUCUCCAAGACAAUAAUGACUAAUAAUAAUAAUAAUAAUAUAUUUAAUUGUGUGGCACAUUUGAUCCAAAGUGCUCAAUGUGGUUGUAUAGAAGACAUGAAAACGAUGCAAAGCCGGGUUUGUAAAAAUAAAUGAGGCCACAAUGAGGCUCCAAAACAACAUAGAUAUUAGCGGUACUUGUUUUAAUGGCGGUUACUGUAUGUGCAUCAUGUCGAGGUAAAUCCACACAGACGGCCGAGUCAGACGAAGCCAGCUAACGUUGACACACAACGAGAUGGAAGCCUGCAGAAUAAAAGCCCUGCACUCGGUUGUUGCUGCCCUUUCCCAGGAGCUAUAGUUGGAACUUUUGGCUCCGCUAUCUGCCCAACAACACAUGGCCCCGACUGCAAACUAGAAACAGCAACCUUCUCCGUACGGCUCUGCUGCAGGCACUGUAAGCUUCUCUUUUACUAGAUUAAACCGUAAUUAGAUUUCACUCAGGAUAUGCAAUCUGUUGUUCACACACAGGGUUUUUUUUUCUUUUCCAGCGUAGAGGAAUUUUAGACGCCUCCCCAAAAGAGGUCUGAGCCAGAGCCAAAGGAAACUCACCAGCGCCAAGACGAUAAGAGUUUAGCAUAAGCAUUUUUUUGUAAGCGGUUCUGUUAAUUGGAGUUUCAUUUACUAAAACAAAAACAGACUUCGUGUUUAUCAAAUGGGGAAAAAAUGCAGAUUUCUGCCAAAUAACGUAACUUAUAGUCAUGAAAAGUCGCCACCCGACGGCCAAGCCUGGGCCAGUUUUCUAUCAGAAACCUACUGAGUGUAAGAAAACUCUGAUAUAAACGAAUCAGUCUGUUGAUUGUAAACAGAUAUUAACUCUAUGAAAUUCAACAUUUACCACAAUCAUAAAUCAGAUUUCUCCAACAAUCAAAAACAGAAAAACAAACUUGCUCAAUACAGGAAUCAAUAAACCUCUAAAGGUUUUUUCUGUAUCUGAGUUAUUCUUCAGUUAUUCUAAACAGCUAAUGUUGAACCCAGAAUAAACCACCGUGUCCACAUGUAUCCUGUGCUGUCUUUACAAACCCAACAACAACAUGUCGUUUCUGUUCUUUUCCUACAUCCGGUUGGAUGACGGUUUCAGGAUCGAAUUCAGGACAAAUCCUCCGUACGGCUCGAUAUCUGCGUUUCAGGUUCUGUUUGGUUCGUCAGCUGCCGCAACACUUCUGUAAAUGUCGUUAGCAACAUGUGAAGAGUGACACACCUCCUUCUUUUACAGCUCUGACAUGAUGUUUGUGUUUUUUGGUUGGAGGGGGAACCCUUUCUAAGAGAGCAGGAGUCUUGUGAGAGACGUUGACUUGUCACUGUCCAAUUUUGUCCUCUCUCGGAAUAAACGGUAUUUUCACUGAAA